UUUUUUUCUCUCUGUUUAGAUUUAUGGUUCUGCGUACAAGAGUAACGGUGGACGAGGAACAAGCAGCGAAAAUGGCCAUGAAAUUAGAGAGACACCUCGGAGAACGACUGGUACAAGUGAUUGUCAAACAGAGUAUAUGGAAUCAUCUUCAAGUUACUUUUCACGUGGUUCCGGUCACCAAAGCCACUUGGACCAUCAACAAACUAAAUGAACUGGAUUUCAGUAAUGGUCCCGACAGUUCCCCAAUUAUUAGCGUUGAAGAAGGACAAUUCAUGGAAAUCAACUUCCGAGGAAAUUUAAGGAACUCAAGCCCUGAAAGUUAUAGCUUCAUAUACAAUUCCAACUUGAAGUCUUCGGUGGACUUCACAAUUCUUGAAGUAGACAGAUAUCUUCAGAGGAAUUUCCCAGUUUUCAGAGGAUUUCUAAGACUUUUCCGACGUAAUCUGCUUCUUCCAGAAGUGAGGAAAAAAGUAAAGCCCGAUGAAGAAAAUCAAGAAUUACCUGAGAUUGAACCAGAAACUUCUUUGGAACUUCUCACCGAAAUUCUGAUGACUAUUCCAAAAGUAAUGAAAAUAGACGAAUUUAUGUGUGUAUGUUAA